AUGAAUAACUUCAAUGUUAAUGUUAUCUCUACUGUUAGUGUAAGUGUUGUUGUGCACAUUGAUUUCAUUAUUACUAAUCAUCUUAUUUAUCAUGUUUGUAUCCUUAUUGUUAUUAAUUUUACUACUGUUGAACAAGUUUUUAAUGUUACUAUCAUUGUUGUUAUGAAUAUUAUUAUUCAUGUUGUGUUCAAUGUUAAUCUCUUUGUUAUUAUUGAUGAUAUUAUUAUUGAUGUUGUUUUUGGUGUUCGUGUUGUUAGUUUUAUAUAUGAUGUUCCUGAAAUUAGUUUGAUUGUUAUUAUUUUCACUGUUCGUAUAAUUGUUGUUCUGAAUAUAAUUAUUGCUAAUGUUAUCUGUGAUAUUUAUAUGAUUGAGGUUAUGAAUAUUAUUGCUGAUGUUCAUAUCAUUAUUGUUGUAACUAUAUUCAUUAUUAAUUCUAUUGUUGUUAUUUAUUUUAUUCUUGUUGAUGUUAUUUAUGUUAUUUUGGUUGAUUUUUUUUCUAACGUUUAUCUCAUUUUUGGUCUUUAUUUUGUUAUUAUGGAUGUUAAUAGUAGUGUGAUUGAAUGUGCUCAAAUUCUUCAACAAAAUGUAGCUUUUGAAAUUCCUGCAAUUGGUUUUGAUAAUAUUGGUGGUGUUAAAGAACAAUUAACACAGAUUAAAAAAAUGGUUGUACUAUCAUUAAAACAACCACAAGUACUAAAAAUAAUGAAUGUUCAACCACCACUAUAUAUUCUUUUACAUGGACCACCAGGCACAGGUAAAACAUCAAUUGCACGUGCCGUAGCGAAAGAAACUGAUGUAUCUUUUUGUUUGAUCUAUGGACCAGAAAUUAUGUCUGGAUUAAAUGGUGAACCUGCAUUUAAAUUACAUAAAGCAUUUGAAGAAGCUAAAAAGAAAGCUCCAGCUAUUAUUUUCAUCGAUAAACUUGAUGUGAUUGCACCAAAGCGUGAAAAAAGUCAUGGUAAAAGCGAACAUCGUAUUGGCUUACAAUUAUUAGCAUUAUUGAAUGAUCUUCAACAAUGUUCAAAUGUUAUUGUUAUGGCGGCAACAAAUCGACCAAAUUCAUUUAAUCCUAUACUUUGUCGUUUUCAUCUAGAAAUUGAUAUUGGUAUUCCUGAUGCUGUUGAACGCGAAGAAAUUCUUCGUAUACAUACACAGAAUAUGAAAUUAGGUGCUGAUGUUGACCUUGAACAAAUUGCGAAUGAAACACAUGGUUAUGUUGGCGCGGAUUUAGUAUCAUUAUGUUCAAAAGCUGCUUUACAACAAAUUCGAGAAAAAAUGGAUGUCAUGGAUUUUCAACAAUAUGAAACUGAUGUUGAACUACGCAAUGAAUUAGUUGUUACAAAAGGAAAUUUUCGAUAUGCACUUAAUCAAUCAAAACCAUCAGCUUUACAUGAGAUGGUUGUUGAAAAACCAAGAACAACAUGGAAAGAUAUUUAUGGUUUAAAUAAUAUUAAACGUGAAUUGCAACAACUUAUUAAGUAUGAUGUUGUAAAUCCGGACAGAUUUGUUAAAUUUGAUAAGACGUUAUUAAGUGGUAUUCUUCUUUAUGGACCACCGGGUUGUGGUAAAACAUUAUUAGCAAAAGCUAUGGCUAAUGAAUGUGGUGCUAAUUUUAUUUUGGUUAAAGUUCGAGAGCUAUCACCUAUAUGGUUUGAAGAAUCAGAAGCUAAUGUACGUGAUGUGUUCGAUAAAGCUUGUCAAGCAGCACCAUGUGUAUUAUUUCUUCAUGGAUUAGAUUGUAUUGCUAAACCUCGUGGUGGUAGUAUCAUUGAUAGUGGUAUUGCAGCUGAUCGUGUUUUUAAUCAAUUUUUAAUUGGAAUGGAUAGUAUGCGUACAAAAAACGAUGUUUUUAUUAUUGGUGCUACUACUAAAAAUAUUAUUGAUAUUGAUGCAUCUAUAUUUGAACGAGGUCGACUUGAUUAUACAAUAAAUGUUCCACUACCUGAUGACGAUGCUCAUAAAGCUAUACUUCAGCAUGUGUUAAAACAACGACCAGUAAAGGAAGAUGAUAUUCCAUGUUCGUUACGAGAUGAAACCAAAGAAUUUGGUGCUGCAAUUUUGAUAAAAAUUUGUGAACGUGCAUACGAUUUAGCUGUAAAAGAAUCGAUUGAACAAGGAAUUUUACCUCAAAUUUUUCAAAACCAUUUUGAAGAAGCUAUUAGAUUUUUUAAACGUUUAAAAAAAUCGACUGAUAUUGUUAACCCUUUACCUCUUGGUGGGUCACUUUAG